AUGGUGUCAAGAAAUAAAAAGUUGCCAAACUCAUUCGAGAUGUGGAAGAAAGAAAAGGAGCGUCAAACCGAAUUGACGUUUGAACUAGCAAAUCGAAAUGAGAUUGAUCUUGCUCAAAUUAUACGCAAACAAGCAGAGAAAAAAAUCUAUACAAUGGCUGGAGUAAAGAUCGAGUUUCCUUUUCGAGCAUACAAAUCUCAGAUCCAGAUGAUGUCCAUGAUUGUCAAAGCCUUGAAAAACCGUGAGAAUGCAUUACUAGAGAGUCCAACUGGAUCUGGAAAAUCGUUGGCAAUUUUGUGUGCUGCAUUGGCAUGGUUAGACUAUGAAAAGAAGAAAGAAAAUGACAUUCAAGCAGAGAAACAGAAAAAGGCAACAGAAAUUGCAAAAAAAGUCUGGGAAGAUACAUUGAUGGAAGCUACCAAUGUGCCAAUUAGCUACGUAGAAAUUAAUAGAGAAGAGACGGAUGAUGAUUUUCAGCCGGCAAAUAUUAGAAGAAAAAUAGGAGGAGGUGGAUCUUUGCCAAUAUUAAAUCCAGUUGUUAAUACGAACGACACUACAACCGCAGUAAAUAUGAGUGAAUCGGUACCAAAUACAACUGCACCAAAAUUGCCCAAAAUUUAUGUUGGAAGUCGCACGCACAAACAGCUUGCUCAACUCAUUGGCGAGUUAAAGGGAAAUACGUUUUAUCGACCAAAGAUGUCCAUCUUGGGUAGUCGUGACCAGAUGUGUAUCGAUAAAAAGGUGUCCAAAUCAGCAACAAAGGCAGAUGACUGUGGUACCCUGCUGGAUGCACGGCACUGUAUUCCAGGUCUUCAAGCUGGAAAAUUGAUUUCAAAUCCAAACAUCCAAAGAGGAGGAAGCAUGGAGAUCUGGGAUAUAGAAGACAUUGUUCGUCUAGGUUCCCAAACAAGAUGUUGUCCUUAUUAUGCGACACGGGGUAUGGCUGAUUUUGCAGAAAUCGUAUUUUGCCCUUACAACUACCUUAUUGAUCCCAUUAUUCGAAAGGUUAUGCGUAUUGACCUAAAGGACGCUAUUGUCAUUCUCGAUGAAGCACACAAUAUAGAAGACUCUUCACGCUCUGCUGGAUCGUUUGAAGUGACAGAGGUUGAUUUGGGCAUGCUUCAGACUGAGCUUAAUCAAGUCAUUCGCAAUAAACAGCUUCCAGAGGAACACAAUUUACUUCUUUAUUUUACCGAGAGCUUAUUAGAAUGGAUCAAAGAUCCCUCUAAUAUGUUUACUAUCAAGGAAUUUGAACAACACGUUCAUCUUUGGUCUGGCAAAGAAAUCAUUGCAAAGCUAAAGGACAUUGGAAUCACCAAGAAUACAUUCGAGGCUUCACUUACUCCGGCUUACACUGCAAUUGCUGCUCUUGCUGAGUCAGUCAGACGUGAAAGAGAGCGCGAUGCCAAUAUCGAAUCAAAGAAAGAAUUAACUGAGAAUGAGGAUGGUACUCCAAAGGUUCAUAAUAGAAAAUGUCUUAGUAAUUACGCACUUCGACUGAUUGAAGGAAUUUUUAUGGUUUUGGGAUUCAUGUACGAAAGCAAUACCAAUUAUGAAGAUGACUACAGAAUGGUACUGAUCAAAAAGGUGAAUCGUACUGGAGACUCUUCAACAAGCUCUGAAUGGGUUUUCAAACUUGGAUUUUGGUGUCUCAAUCCUGGUGUUAUUUUCAAUCAGCUCUCAACCCUUACUCACUCGAUUGUUUUAACAAGUGGAACACUUUCACCGUUGAACAUAUUUGCUUCAGAAUUGAAUUCACCAUUUCCAAUUCGACUUGAAGCAAACCAUGUUAUUGAAGAAUCCCAGGUGUGGGUACGGGUUAUACCAACUGGACCUAAUAAUUGUCUUCUUAAAGGAGUAUAUACUCAGAUGGAGAGCUUUAACUACCAAGAUGAUGUUGGAGAAGCAUUAUGUGGGAUUGCAGAAACUGUGCCUUUUGGUGUAUUGUGCUUUGUGCCUUCCUACAGCACAUUGAAUAAACUAAAAAAUCGCUGGACGGCGACUGGAAUCCUAAAAAGGCUCGAGAAAAGAAAAAGGAUUUUUUAUGAACCUUCUGGACAGGCAAAAGCAACUUUUGAAAAAACCUUAAAGGAUUAUUAUGGAUACAUCAAAUCUAUUGAAGAAAAAGGUCCUAAUAAAGGAAAAGAUGGUGCCAUAUACUUUGCGGUUUUCCGUGGUAAAGUGAGUGAAGGCAUUGAUUUUAAAGACAACAAUUGUCGAGCUGUUGUCACAAUAGGAAUUCCAUAUCCAAACAUUAAAGAUAUUCAAGUAAAUCUCAAAAAAGCAUACAAUGACUUGAAGUGGAAACCUGGAGUCGAUUCCUUCAAGGGAUCACAGUGGUAUUCAGCACAGGCUUACAGAGCCAUCAAUCAGGCCCUAGGUCGAUGUAUUCGCCACCAAAAGGAUUGGGGUGCUAUUAUUCUACUAGAAGAACGUUUUCGAGAAGAAGAGCAUCAAGCUGGACUUUCAAAAUGGGUUGCUAAAUCUUGUAAAGUAGAAACAUAUGGAUUCGAGGCAGCAAUGAACAGUCUCAGCGAAUUCAUGAUUAACCGAAUUGAGAUUGACAAGGCUCUUUCUUCAAAAGAAACAAAAGAACAAGAAUUGACAUCAUCAUCAACGGUUGAUACUGUAGUUACAAAAGAACUUUCAUUACCGCCACCAACAACCAAAAUAACAAAGGAUGAAACAGAAAAUCAUCCUGUAGACCAUCGAGAACCAAAAUCUGGCGAGCAUAAAAACGAUCCUAUUUUGAUUCAAGAAGCCCAACCUAUUUUAGACUCUGGAUUUGAUCAAAACAAUCCAAUAGUUGUAGAUAGCAGUAUUACUACUACAGAAAACACUUUGAAUGAAGACAUAUCUGUCAAAAAUCUUGGCAAUCUUAAUAGUUUGGCCCUGACAGAUAAACCACUUGCCAAGAUCACAAUCCCGACCAAAAGGCUGCGAAAUAACGUGCAAAAAAAUACAUCCAACCCACAAGAUACAUACUUAAUUGAAACAGAAACGGCUGAAACCACACCUACCCUUGCCGCCAAAACUACUGCCACUACUACUAUAACUAAAACUAAUGAACUGACCACAGACAUCAGGAUACAAGAACAAGAACAAAAUUUGCCUAAUUGCGCAGAUCAAUCUAAACCUGAGUCCAGUCCUACUUCUACCUCAGAACAUAAACUCCAACCAGCUGUACUCGAUUGUACGCCACUGGUCAGAGCUCCACAACAAAAGACCGGCAUUGUUGCGUGUAGAUGGCAUGGAGAACACCUGUUUUCUGACAUGAAAAAGGAAUUUCUGGUUCAAAAGACAUCGACUGAUCUCGACUAUUUUCUUGAAUUAGAAUUAGACUUGUCGGUUAAAAACAGGGCUCGGAAAAAGAGCUGCAAAGUACUACAAGUCUGCUAUCCAACUUCUUGGACAAUGGAACAAAUUCAGAUUGCGGUCUUUAACCCAUCGGCUCCUGUCAUUAUGGAGGAAAAUGAAGCCGACGGACUUGUGUACAGAGUUUUUGGAGCCAGGUGCUGUAAAAACUCAAUUGGGGCAUUGAUAUACGAUACAACCUCUACUUUAUCAAGUAACCGUAGACUUGUUGGAAACUUAUUUAUCUUACACGACACUGUACAAAUAUUAGAUCCUGAACAAUUACUAUAA